CCCUUCAUCGGGAACCAGAAGAAUUCCCGGACCCUGAAGUGUGGAAACCCGAACGAUUUCUGGAGGGGAACCAAACGCAUAAUCCCUACGUAUAUCUUCCCUAUGGUAGCGGGCCACGCAUAUGCAUAGGAAUGAGCUCGCGCAGGAUAUGAUGCGGUUCGCCUUCGUUCACGUACUGAAGGAGCUGGAGAUCGUGAGGACGCCGGAAACCCCGGAGAAGGUGGAAUACCAGGAAGGGAUACACUUCGCCAUGCAACCGACCAACCUCGUCGUCAGCUUCCGAUCGCUCCACUGAUCCUCGUACUUCAAGAACGGCCUCCUUCAGCCCAUUCAAACUCGCCAUCGGCCUCUUACGACAUGCUUCAUUCUGCCUCUUCUUCCUGCUUCUUAUCUCUUCCGCCCUCUCUAUGGAGAUUUUCUCCACUUUAUGCCCCUCCCUAACUCUAAAAGUUCACCGAUUUCAAGCAUUAUUCGUCAUCAUGUUUCAUGUGAAUCGAACUGGAGACCCCUCCAGUUCGAUUCACAUGAAACACCAAUCGUGACGGAUAACCGACGUAUCGCCGGCCAGACUGCAGUAUCGUCAAUCGUGAAGAAGGAGAGGACGAGGAGACCCCGAGGACCUGAUCCAUCACACAAAAACCGCUAUGAAAUAAAUGAAAUAGGUUUAGUACAGUAUAUACCUGUAUAUAGAGUAACUGGGAGAUAAAUAGGCAGCGUUUCAUAUUCCCUGGCACCACUCCUGUUGCGAGGGAUGC